UUUUCUCAGUCCUUUUUUUUUUUUUUUUUUUUUUUUGUUUCCGACCUCGCUUCGUUUUCUGCCUGACUUGCACCCCCCCCCUUUGCCUGUCUUGAAACCCACUCGCUGCCCCUGCUUUCUCUGCCCGGCUCGCGUUCGUGCCGUCCGUUCGUUCUCGACUUGGCUCUCUGACCACGAAUAAUAAUUCAUAAACAACCAUCGAUUGUCGUCAAGCACACAAGGAUCACUGCUGCUGCGAUGACGACCUUGAUUGCAACGUUCGGGAUUGGCGCGACGACAGUCACUCUGUCGCUGCGAAAGGGCGAUAUCACCACUUGGUCUGGAGAUGUCGUCGUCAACGCCGCCAAUCGGCAGCUGAGCGGAGGGUCUGGCGGGCUGAAUGGCGCCAUCCACAAGGCAGGCGGCGAAACACUCACUCGUGCGUGCCAAGCGCUCCAGGCCGACGGGGCAGGAGUUCGCUGUCCGACUGGGUCGGCCGUGUUUACAGGGGGCCCGUUCUCGUCUGGCCUCGGAGCCCAGCACGUCAUUCAUGCCGUUGGUCCAGACAUGAACGAUUCAUCCAUCCGUGAGAAGGGGCAUGAUUUGUUGCAAAACACCAUUCUCAGUGCUCUUCGUCUGGCCGAGCAGCACGGCUGCACGUCCAUUGCCAUCCCAGCCAUCUCCUGCGGGAACUUUGGGUUUGAUGCAGUCCUCGCUGCGACCUUGGCCAUUGACGCUUGCGUCAACUUUGUCACCAACCCGCAGCCUGCUACUCUCAAAUCAAUCGAGUUUGUCCUGUUUGAGCAAGCUCACGUGGAUUGCUGGCACAAAGCUCUGACUCGCGAGCCAAGCUUGCACAAGCUGGCUACCGUCGUGGCGUCGCCAGCAGCCGCCACAGCACUGCCGCCUCCUUCGCCAAAGCGCUUUGUGUACCGAACGCGUCCCAGUGGCGAUGAGCGGUCGUUUCGGGCAUCCUCGAGCUCCGCCUCGUCGAGCCCAUCCUCGAGCCCAUCCCCGAGCCCAUCCUUGAGCCCGACGCGUCGAGCAAGUUCCGCAAAUCGACCGCGCUCGUCCUCAGAGUUUAUGCCACCCGAGAUGAUGAGCCGUGCUGAUGCAAGCGAGGUGGUCACGCGGCCGACACGGUCCCCGCAAGACCUCGCCCAAGCCAUUAGGCAGCACCUGACACUUCUGGAAGCCAGCAAAGCGGCCGCCAAACGUGACCUUGCUUCACACUCAACUCCUGCGCCCGAAGUGCCGCAUUACUCGUCUCUUCAACUGGACGGCUCUUUGUUUGUACUGCAGCCUGGCACACCCGAGUACGAGGAGAUUGCCAAACUGAUGCACAACAGAGCUCCCAUCAAACGCAUUAAACGAGUGAACAAUCCCGGCCGUGCUGCUCGAUUUGCCGCAUACAAGGAGUCGCUACCGCUCAACUUGCAGACAGAGCACCGUACCUUGCAUGGCACACCGUCAAUUGCAAAUGCGAAUGUUAUUGCUCGAACCGGUCCGCGCUUGGACAUGGCGGGCGAGGCCAACGCUCGAGUUCACGGCGAGGCCUUCUACACAGCAGAGGACAGCGCGACUCCCAUCCAUUAUGCCACCACACAGCGAGAUGGCGUUUUGCGAGGCGGAGUCUGCGUUUGCAAAGUCGUCCCGGGGAAUGCCCUUGCGGUUCUCCAAAGUCAAGGCGUGGCUUCGCGCACCGCGGCCGACCUGCUGGCCAUGUCCCCUCCACGUCAUAGUGUGCAUGUCACCGACAACAAGUGGCGAAUCAUGUUCCAUCCCGAUGCAGUGCGUGUCGACUAUAUCAUUGAUUAUGCCGACGAUCCUUCGGUUGCCACCCUGGAGCAAAUGCAGCAAACCAAGCACAAGGCGCUCGUAGCUGAGCGCGAUACUAAGGAGAUGGUCCGCCUCCAGGCGCUUCAGCGCGCAAAUUCUGCACUCAAGAUGCACGAGCUUUUCGCAAAGGCCUGCAAUCUCUAUCAAGACCCCAACUCUGGAUCCGUGGUACAGCUGGACAAGCUCUUUGACAUUGAAACCCAGCAGCACAAGCUCAUGUUGCCUGUGUACGAGCACAAGCAAGAGUUCCUCGACCAAAUUCGCACCGCUCAGGCUCUCGUCGUCAAGGGCGAUGUGCCAUCUGGCAAGGCAGUCUUGGUUCCGCAGUGGCUCUACGACCACUUGCUGUUCCUGACCGACCCGGCGGCGAGUGUGGCGGUGCUGGUGUCUCAGCGGUCGACUGCUGAAGAUUUGGCCAAGCAGGUAGCCAAGAUGCGCGGGUGCCAAGUCGGCCAGGAGGUUGGCAUGGGCACAACCGAGGUUGUCAAUAUUGGACCUGACACGCGCAUCUGCUUCAUGACGUAUGACUUUUUCCGCGCCAUCUCCAGGUCGGGCAAUGACGUGUCCAAGUGGCGCAUGGUGGUGCUUGACGAGAUGGAUGAGCACAACGCCGACGCUGCUCAUUUGCUCCAAAACCUCAGCAACGCCUUGAAGGAACGCCAAGAGUUCAAGGUGAUUGUCAUGGGCGCCGCAAUGUCGAAUCCGUUUGUUUCCACAGUGCAACGGCAGACGCGAUCCGCUUGCCCCAUCCUCACCAUUCCCGACAUGGUCUUCCCCGUGGAGCCCGAGUUUAUGACUGAAGCCAGCUGGGAUCCCAACGCCAGUGGUGCCUUGCAAAGUCUGUGCUACAACGUGCUGUGCAUUUACAAUGCAGAGCCAGGCAACCUGCUCGUGUUCUUGCCCACAAUGGAUGAUGUCAAUGACGCCGCUGGCUACAUGCAAAGUCUCCUGGCUCACGACACGAACGUUCUGAUUAAGCCCUUGCACGCCAAGCUCGGUGACGAUGCCAAGCGCGAGCUGGCCAAUUUCGAUGCUCAGCAGCCAGGCAAACGGCUGGUGUUCUUGGCAACGGACGUGGCCGAAACUGGCAUCAGUUUGCCAAACAUUGCCAUUGUUGUCGACACUGGUCGCGAGGAAGAUGUCGACUACGACGCAGAAUUGAGCUUUUCGCAGUCCAAGCUUGGCUGGAUUUCAAAGGCCGUCCAUAUGCAGCGCCGCCGAUUUGCAGGCCGCACGGGUCCUGGUCGAUGCUACUGCAUGUUCACCGAGAAGGAUUUCAAGAAUUCCAUGCCAGCGACGGCUACUCCCAUCGCUCAUCGCGACAAAAUGGACUCGUUCUACCUCGGCAUGGUGUUUGCCAAAAUGAAUCCCAUGGCUGCACAGCAUUCGACCGAGACCAUGUCGCGCUUGAAAGCCGCCGAGGACAGUCUGGUCCAACUCGGGUGCAUUGAAAAGUCGUCGAGCGGAGCUAUGACCAUCACCAGCUUUGGCUCGUUCGUGCAUCGCAUGCGGCUGCCAUUCAAGGAGGCUCGCUGUGUGCUGAUGGCUUCCAAGCCGCCGUUCGAGUGCUCACGCCUCAUGGCCAUCAUUUUCUGCAUGCAACACGCCGCUGAAGCGACCGAGCUAUUCCUCAGCAGACCCAAGCUUCUGCGCACCGAGCUCCUCGACGACGCUGCCAAGCACGGUGAUCAUGUGACGCUUUGGUCCAUUUUUGCAGCGUGGCAACGAAAUCACAAAAGUCCCACGUGGUGCCAAGAGCGAGGCUUGAAUUUGAAGACGCUCACCGCGGCCGACAUGAUGCUGAAGCAGCUGAGCGCAGAGAUGGGCCAAGCUGCUUCUGGCUUGCUGGUCGAACCCAAUUCCAAGGAGGACAAACCGUUGCUCAUCAAGAAGGUCUUGUGCGAAGCUUUCUCGUCCCAUCGUGCUGACGCUCGCGGCGUUAGAGUGAGCGAUGGGUACUCAAUUGCAGGCGUAGCUGGUCACACGCAUGUACCGACCACAUCGUGCUUGCCCCAAGACGAGUCAGCCCCUUUGAUUGUCUUCCAGUCUCGCUCGCGCGACACCCGCAACCGGAGCCAUUUCAAGCACGUUACUGUUGUGGAGGCGAGCAUGUUCCAACCUUCCUCCGCCGCCAGUCGUGCUUCCGUGUCGUUUUCGGCUGACGACUUUGAAUUGCAUGUGCAAUCGGUCGCGAAUACAUCCCGUGUCGAAGGGUCGGUGCAGAUUGAAGUCGAAAAAGCCAUCCUGAUCCCCUCGUACGAGUUUAUCAUUCAGCAGCUUCAACUCGAAUUGCCGGGCUGCGAGCUGGAGUUUCGCCAGCAGCCAAACAAGCGGCACAGCUCGGUUGUCUUCCAUUGCCUGCCAAACGAGACCGAAACGGUCAAGAGGCGGAUUAAGCAAGCUGUGGCACUGGUCACGAUGAAGCAAAAGUCUGUGGCUGUCACUGCCACCGUGCUGCAGCAGUACUUUUCUAAGGAGACACACGCCGUCAACGAGAAGGGAACAAGCAUUCAGGACGCGAUGCAGGACAAGUUUGGCCCGCACACCAAGUUGCACGCCAACUUUGCCAACAGUUCUGUGACCAUGCUUGUCCAAGGUGUAGCUGAGCAGUAUGCCGAGGACGCCCUGCGCAAGCUGUUUGGGCUGCCUCCACCCCGUGCCACCACCGUGCCGUCAUCACGCGGGAGCUCUCCCACGGCUUCUGCUGCUGCUGCUGCUGCUGCUGCUGCUUCUGCAUCAUCCCCGAGUUUGCCGGCGGGCGCAGGUGCACACAUCGCACAUUCUGCCUUCAGCAAUCCCAGACUCCGUCUUCAACAAGAGGAAUUGCGCGUUGCGACGCUUCUUUCCCCGAGCAGCACUCGUCAGGACAUUGAGGCUCGGUUUGGGUCUGGAGUCGAGGGCACGCUCAUUUUCUUUGCGCACUGGAUGACCCACUCGACAGAAAUGUGGAUUUAUGGCGGGUUUAUUCGUGACGUCUUGUACGGCAAAGGAGCACAUCCCGAGUUGGAUUUGGAUGUCGGGAUGCCCAAAGGGGGCAGGCUCGGCGUCGAUCAGGCGUAUGACAUGGUCUGCAACUUUGCCGCGCAGCAGCGCAUCACCCAAACCCGGGUCCCUUUCGACAAGAAGGGGGAGAAGGGCCCUGCCAUUCGAGUGGUUGGCUUCAAGUCCUUUGACGGGAAUUUCGACUGCUCGAUUGAGCUUGUCAACACGGAAAUGUUCUUCUUCCGCAAAGGCGCGGACGGCAAGACUCGCGAUGAUCGUCGCGUAGACUUUGAUGUCAACAAUCUGCGCGUGUGCCGAAGCCCCAGCCCAGGACAACCCGCAACCAUUGCCCUGAAAUUCCCAGACCAGCCACCCGACGGCACGGUCGAGCAAAUCUGCGAGAACAUUCGUCAGCGUCGACUGGUGGUGCUCAAGUCCGCGAACGAGGUUGCCGUUCGCAUCGACAAGAUGCGGAACCGCGACUGGCUGAUUACGUUUUGAGCGAGAGAAAGAGAGAGAGAGAGAGAAAGAGAGAGAGAGAGAGAGAGAGAGAAAGAGAGCGACGUUUGUGUUUCUGUUCGUUGCUGUGUAGUUGAGCGAAUACACGCUGUAUUCUUCGUGCCACA